AUGACCAAGUUUCGGCCUUGUAUCGACCUUCAUUCGGGUCAAGUGAAACAGAUUGUUGGAGGCACCCUGAGUGAUAGGGACUCGGACCUAAAAACAAAUUAUGUAUCAAAGCUCCCUGCCAGUCACUAUGCAGAAUUAUAUCGGAAGCAUGAACUGCGUGGUGGUCACGUUGUGAUGCUCGGACCUGGCAACGAUGAAGCUGCAAAAGAAGCGCUCCGUACGUGGCCAGGAGGGCUACAGGUUGCGGGGGGGAUAAAUGACAAGAAUGCUCAGUAUUGGAUUGACCAGGGUGCGGACAAGGUUAUAAUUACCUCCUUCCUUUUCCUGGAAGGAAAGUUCUCUCUUGAACGAUUGCAGUCUGUUCUCACAGCCCUAGGAGGUGACAGAUCCAGGCUGGUCUUGGAUCUCAGCUGUCGCAGAAAGGACAACACAUGGUUCGUGGCCAUGAACCGCUGGCAGACGAUCACAGAAAUGGAGAUUAACCAGGAAUCAAUCUCAAUGCUUGAGCCGUAUUGCUCCGAGUUCCUCAUUCAUGCUGCGGAUGUGGAAGGGCUACAGCAGGGUAUUGAUGAAGAGCUUGUGGCGAAGCUGGCCGAAUGGUGCUCAAUACCCAUCACAUACGCUGGUGGGGCCCGAAGUCUGCAGGAUCUUGAAAAGGUCCACUUGAGCAGUCAUGGAAAGGUCGACUUGACUAUUGGUAGUGCUUUGGAUAUCUUUGGUGGCUCGGGUGUAACGUUCGAUGAGUGUGUACGGUGGAAUCAACAGCAUUGA